AUGUGGGUAUCAGACUUGGGCCUCCCCAUAUUGGUUCUUGGGCCUCAUCUGAUAUUGGAUGCCAAUGGACCGGAAAAAAGCAAAAGUCCAUUAAUUAGAAAGAUGGUUCUUGUGAGUUCCUUCUAUGCACAUAGUUUCCUUGAAUUUCCGUCUAUAACAACCUCAAUUACCUCACCAAUUAAAGACUCAAACUUUCCUAUCAAAACAACACCAGAUCCUUUCACUGACUUGUUCAUUGCUUUCAAGAAAUGGGAUUCUAAAGUGGGUUGUGUUCAGUUUAGAGAGAAAUACAAGAAUUUCGGGUAUAAGGGGUCAAAUGGGUCUGCUUCUUUGCAAGUUGUUGAUGGCGAUGUGGGGUGUAGUGAGAUGAAGAUGGAGCAUGUUAGUGUUUUGGUUAAAGGGUGGACUUGGAUUCCUGGCAAUUUGGAUAAUUUGUAUUCUUGUCGUUGUGGGUUGAGUUGUUUGUGGACUAUGUCUUCUGUUCUUGCUGACAAGCCCGAUGCUUGGCUGUUUGAAACAACUACUCCUCCAGUUCAGAGGCGCAAUGGGGAUCCGCUUCGCGUCUACAUGGAUCUCGAGGCUGGCAGGAAACGCACAGGUCGUGAGGAUUUAUUUAUUAGCUAUCAUGCGGAAGAUGACGUUCAGUCGACAUAUGCUGGUGCACUCUUUCAUAAUGGUCGAAAUUAUCAAGUGUCUCGUCUUAAGGACAAUGAUACACUUGUUUAUUGGUCUUCAUCACGCUGUCUUGCUGAUAGAAACCAGCUGGCUAGGAGUCUCCUCAGCUUGCUGCCUCACCAUUCCUUUGGCAAGUGCUUGAACAAUGUUGACGGGCUAGACAUGGCCCUUUCUUUCUAUCCUGAGUGUGCCAAUGAUGCCAGUGUCAAACCAAAAUGGUGGGAUCAUCUACAUUGUGCCAUGUCCCAUUAUAAGUUUGUCCUUGCCAUUGAAAACACCUGGACAGAGAGCUAUGUGACAGAAAAGCUAUUUUAUGCGUUAGACGCUGGUACAGUUCCAAUAUAUUUUGGUGCACCCAAUGUUUUGGACUUUGUUCCUCCACAUUCAAUAAUAGAUGGGACCAAAUUUAGCUCCAUGGAGGAAUUGGCUUCUUAUGUCAAGAACCUAGCUAAUGACCCUGUAGCCUAUGCUGAAUACCAUGCAUGGAGAAGAUGUGGUGUGUUGGGUAAUUAUGGGAAGACCCGUGCUGCAAGUCUUGACACGUUGCCUUGCCGAUUGUGUGAGGCUGUUAGCAGGAAGGGAGGAAGAAAUGCUAGAGCUUAG